CCCAGACUUACCCUUUCCCACCAUCUUCACUGCCACCAACCAAACCCUUAUAAACCCCCCCCAAAUUCCCCCCUUUGAAAAUGACCACCAGCCGACCACCUUCCCCUAGAACCUCCCCUUCCCCCUUCCUCCUCCACCGCUAACGCCACCGUAACAUUGCCAUUUGCAUCCCCAAAUCAGAGUCCUAAUCCUAAAAAUCCCAUCUUCGUUACUCUCUAAAAAAAAAAAAAAGAAAGGACAAAUGUCACACCUUGACAACAUUCCUUCCACUCCUGGGAAAUACAAACCAGACAAAUCUUUCCGUUUCCACUCCUCCACCGCUUCCUCUCUUUCAAAGCUAACCCUUUAUUCCACCCUUUUCCUUUCCCUCCUCCUUAUCCUCCUCCUCCUCCUCUCCACCCCUUCCUCCACCACAUCCCCACGCCGCCACCUCUCCACUGGGACCCACCACUCCCCAGUCUCUCUCCCCCACAAACUAAUCCACAAAUCGGCGCGUCCUCGUUCAACUGCCGGUCACACCGUCCUUGUCACCGGCGCCGCUGGCUUCGUGGGAACCCACGUUUCGCUCGCCCUCAAACGCCGCGGAGACGGCGUCCUUGGCCUCGACAACUUCAACCAGUACUAUGAUCCGGCCCUAAAAAGGGCACGCCAAAAGUUCCUCGAAAAAGCCGGGAUUUUUAUCGUCGAAGGCGACAUCAAUGACAAGGAUCUUCUCCAACAACUCUUUGACGCCGUUUUGUUCACUCACGUAAUGCACCUAGCAGCCCAGGCAGGUGUUCGUUACGCUAUGCAAAAUCCAGGGUCUUAUAUUCAUAGCAACAUUGCUGGGUUCGUGAAGUUACUGGAGGUUUCGAAAUCGGCAAGGCCGCAACCGGCAAUUAUCUGGGCGUCUUCGAGUUCUGUCUACGGUUUGAAUUCUAAGGUACCCUUUUCAGAAAAAGAUAGAACUGAUCAACCUGCGAGUUUAUAUGCUGCUACAAAGAAAGCUGGUGAGGAAAUUGCCCAUACUUAUAAUCACAUUUACGGGCUUUCAAUUACUGGAUUGCGAUUUUUCACGGUUUAUGGUCCCUGGGGCCGCCCUGAUAUGGCAUAUUUCUUUUUCACUAGAGAUAUAAUGAAAGGUAAAACAAUUACUCUAUAUGAAUCGCCAGAUAAGGGUAGUGUGGCUAGAGAUUUUACUUAUAUUGAUGAUGUAGUGAAAGGGUGCUUGGGGGCAUUGGAUACUGCAAAAAAAAGCACGGGAAGUGGGGGAAAGAAGAGAGGGCCAGCACAAUUUAGGAUUUUUAAUUUGGGGAAUACUUCACCGGUACCUGUGAGUAGGCUUGUGAGUAUAUUGGAGAAGAUUUUAAAGGUUAAAGCGAAGAAGAAAGUAGUGCCAUUGCCAAGAAAUGGGGAUGUGGAGUUUACGCAUGCCAAUAUUAGCUUAGCAGUGAGGGAGCUUGGGUAUAAGCCUACAACUGAUUUGGAGGCAGGGUUGAAGAAGUUUGUGAGGUGGUACCUCGGUUUUUAUUUGGGGUCAAAGAAGAGUUCAUGGUGAAUUUUCUAAAUCUUUUUUUAGAAAUUCUUCAUAAUUUUUUUUUCUUUUUACUUGAUAUUGAUUACUUUUAUUGUGUUCAUGUUGAGGUUUAUUGAGCAUUCACUUUAUUGUAUGCUUGAUAUAAUCAUCCAAGGAGGGGUAAUGUUCCAUGGGAACUGUUUUACUUGUCGGGUGGGCAUUUUCUCACAAACAUUUUGCCCAAUUUGUUGUGAUGGGAAACUAGCAGCAUUGUAAUUGUUCUUCCUCAUGUUGCUUCCUUGUCUUCUUGGAAGCUUUUUUUAGCAGUUUAAGCACUGUACAGUUCAUGACUGAUAGUUCAAAAAGAUGUUCUGAUUGUUGGACCAUAUUUUGCUCAACCUUACAGCUAUUUCAAUUAAUUAGCAGCUGCUGCAAUGUGCUUUUAAAUGAUAUUGUCUAUUGAAUUC